AUGCCUCCCGCUUUGGCUGUCCGCUUAACCUGCCAGGCCUGCACGCGCCGCAAAGUAAAAUGCGACAAGAAGAGCCCCUGCACAAACUGUCUAAAGCAUGGGAUUUCAUGUGUUGCUGUUGAGAGGCCGCGGUGGCCGCGCGGCCGGUCGGGAAAGCAGGCAAUAAGCCGAGAGCAAGAUCUGAGCAAUCGUGUAGCGAAGCUAGAGCAGAUGAUACAGGAAUUUACCCACUCCAAAAGAGAAAUGGGAGAUGUGUCCAGCAGCCGUGGAGAUACUACCAUAGCUAGGAGUGGACGAUCGCCAAAAUUGCAGUCGGAAACGGCCAGACGAGAACGACACACAGAGAAUCACCCGGGGCUACCUUCGGAACCAGUGCGUCGGAGGAUACUCGUCGACAUCUUUCUUCGCCAGGUUGACCCCGUCUUGAAGAUCUUGCACCGGCCAUCUCUGUGCGCCUAUCUCCUGGAGGGAAAGCCCUACUUGGACUAUGCUCCGGGGCAUCCGGUACCUGCGGCUCUGGCCUCUGCCGUGUUCUACAUGGCCAGCUCGACCCUGGCCGAAGACCAAUGUCUCGCUCUGCUGGCCGAGAGGAAAGAGACGGUACUGGCAAGGUACAGUGAUGAAACCAAGGCAGCCCUCGCAAAGGUCGACUUCCUGGUUACAAACCAUCUGGCAGUAUUGCAGGCAUUUGUCCUGUCAUUGGUGGCUGCAAGAACACACGAUACCAGCCGAAAGGUCUGGACGAUGCUCAGCGUAGCCCUUCGCAUAGCGCAAGCACUCUCGCUGCACAUGACCGAUCCCCCCUUUCCAGUAACGCCGUUUGAACGCGAGAUGCGCCGCCGCCUGUGGCACUUGAUCGGCUGGUUGGACCUUGAGGCAUCGCUAAACCGCGGAUCGGAAAGCAUGAUGCGGUCUGCGUGGAUUCAGACACAUUCCCUCACGAACAUCAACGAUGAUGAUUUUGGAUUCGACUCGAAGGAUCCCUUACCGGCUGCGCAAAGCGGGCCCACGGAGGCUACCCUUCUCAUUAUGUUUGCGCAUGGCCAAUGCGCUCUGCGUACCUUGGACUUAUCCAACUUUGCCGAACCGGGAAUCACCGACGUCCAUAUGCGACAGCAAACGGUGGACCACUUCCGUCGUACUACGAAGGAGCUGCUGGUCGGCUGUGACCCCGAAAAUGUCUCGUUCCACUGGUUCAUGAGCCAGAUUCAGGAGCAGAUAUCUGCCGUUCUGCAACUUAUCGCUCUCCGGCCCCUCCAGAGGAGUCCGACCUUUGUCCCUGCGGAGCUACCAGUGCCCCAAAUGCUCGCCCUCGCAGCUGACAUUUUAGAACGACGUCAGAGAAUGUUCAGCGAUCCUCGAGCACAGCCCUGGCGCUGGUUCGAGCUGCUAUACUUUCCCUGGCAUGCGCUGGUUGUCGCCAUGACCGAGGUUUGCGUCUGUACUGACCGAUGGGUGAUAGACAGAUACUGGCCUACGCUUGAGCGUAGCUAUGACCUCUUUCAGCAGCCGGCUGUUGGUACACACUAUGACUGGCUUUUGGCGCCAAUGGAGAGAUUGAUGGACAACGCGCGAGCUGCGCGACAAAAGCUGGUCGACUCCGACACGACAGGGCUUCUAGCGCCCAAUUCCCACAUCUAUAUAGGCAUGGCGUCUCCCGAGGGCCCAGUCCUGUCGGAGUCUCUACCUCCUGUACCUGAGGCGAGUUUGGCAGCGGAGGAGCUUACUCAACUACAAGACCAGGAGGCCAGCGCGUGGGCGCAGUAUGGGGAUUUUACCGACCGCUUUUAUGAGCUGCAAGCGAUCUUUGACUGUGGGCUAACCUAG